AUGGGACGCCACACGGCAACGAGGAGCGUGGCUGCAGUGGCAAUUCAGAGGUGGCACCGGCGCAGAUGUGAAGUGACGCGUGCCGUGCGGCUGCUGGCCCUUUUGCACGUACUGCAGCACGAGAAAAGGGGCAGCGGAACAGUCGCGCCGCUGCUUAGGGAAAUGGCUGCUACUGCUCCUGGAGAGGUGGCCGAUGAUAACAGCGUAAACCGGAGUACUGAUGGUGCGUUGUGUAGCGUUCUCGGGUUGCUUUUGGAGCUGGUCGUCGCAUAUGCGGAGCGACUACACACCGAGAAUUACACCAGACGCCUGCUGCUCGAAAGGCGCGCGGCGGAGUUGCGCACUCCUGGCGAGAUGCAGGCAUUGGAUGUAAUCCUCGGCGUGCAGCGUCUGCCGCUCCUGCCAGACGCCACGCUGGUGGAGCUUAUCACGGAUGUGCGGGUGGCGGCUGCUGCAGGGCGACAGCAGCGCGUGUGGUGUGUGCGACGCUGCCUCGGCGCGGCGGGUGUUGAGCGACUCGUCGGCCACGGCC